AUGUCAGACCGCAUAUCCAGUUCCGGAUCAAGAUCCCCUCGUCGCUUGGUGCGUGACGAUCCAUCCUCGUCAGGAAGACACCGCAGCAGAUCUAGAUCCCCACAUCGACGCUCAGACAACGACCGAGACCGAGAUCGCAAUGGAGAUGGUCGCCGAGAAAAGCCGCGAGCCAGUGGCGGUGGGUUUAAAUGGAAAGAGAAGAGGCGGGAUAAUAACAACAUGAACGAGGACCGAGACGGAAGGGAGAAAAGAUUAGAGAGGGGAUACAGAAACCGGUCACCACGACGGGAUCGUGAUCGCGAGCGAGAGCAAAAGAAUAGCGGCGUCUCAGUAGAAGACAAAUUUGGUGUUGCGGAUAAAUUCGGGCCCUCCUCUACCAGCUCCUCAUCUAAACAGAAAGAAUCCUCGGAAGGAACUGCUAAAGAGAAAAUUGUGCCGCCUGCGCCUGUAGCAACACAUGGCGAACCCAUGAUAAUCGUCCACGUCAAUGAUCGGCUGGGAACAAAGGCAGCAAUUCCAUGUCUAGCUUCGGAUCCGAUCAAGUUGUUCAAAGCCCAGGUAGCAGCGAGGAUAGGAAGACAACCGCAUGAAAUUUUGCUGAAGAGGCAGGGGGAGAGGCCAUUUAAGGAUCAGUUGAGUUUAGAGGAUUAUGGUGUGUCGAAUGGGGUGCAGAUUGAUUUGGAGAUUGAUACUGGGGAGUGA